AUUAGUAGAGGAGUCACAACUCAUCACUAGCAAGCAAAACAGUAGCUUAAACAUGACGAAGUGUCUAUUCCUCUUAUCUCUUUGUUUGCUUCCCAUUGUUGCCUUUUCAUCAACUUUCACUUCCGAAAAUCCCAUUGAAUUACCCACUGCUACUUCUGAUAAUCAACUUCCACGCCCUCAGGUACUGGACACGAACGGUGAAGCACUUCAACCUGGUGCAAGUUACCGUAUCGUUUCCACUUUUAGGGGUGCAGCAGGUGGUGAUGUGUACCUAGGCUCCUCCCCUAAUUCACAUGCCCCUUGUGCAGACGGCGUGUUCCGUCACAACUCCGAUGUUGGCCCUAGGGGUACACCUGUUAAAUUCAUUACAUCUGGUCAUGUUGGGCCAGGUAUCUUUGAAAACCAACUCAUUAGCAUCCAAUUCAACAUUAGAACUACCAACCUGUGUGCUAAAUAUACAGUUUGGAAAGUCGGGGACAAGGAUCCAUCUGUAGGGGCGAGAUUGUUAGAGACUGGUGGAACCAUAGGACAACAUGAUAGCAGUCGGUUCACGAUUGAGAAAGCGAAAGCACCACUUUUUGGUUACAGAUUGUUGUAUUGCCCUUCUCCCUGUCCACAUUGCCCUCCUGGUUCCUCUACUUGUCCAUGUCCCGCUAUUUACAUUCCUUGUGAAGAAGUGGGUCAGGUUAACCAAAAUGGAAAGAGGCGUUUGGCUCUUGCGAAUGGCCCAGGUCUUACUUGGAGGUUCCAAAAAGUCUAGUUCACAAUAUAAUGCCUGCUGUAUAUCAUGGCUAGAUCUCUAAUAAGUGAACCGGCAGCUACUAUGUUUUACUAGCAUAUUAGCUUUCUAAAUAAACCCCUGCUAAGCAUAUACUAUUUUAGCAUGGCUUUCUUAAUAAAUUGCCUUUCCUUCUUGUUGA